AUGGGGGAGCAGCAGAGCUCGCUGAGCACCUCGCGGGCGGCCGCCGCGCCGCCGAGCCCGGUCGGGGACCCGCGGGAGCCCGGCCCGGACGAGCCGCCUUCGCCGCGAGAGGCGGUCCCGGGCGGCGGGGCGGCCGGGCCGGGGCAAGGCGGUGACCUGCCGCCGGCCGCCGCCGGCCCGGAGCGGCGAGGAGCCGAAGAGGAGGCGGAGGCGGCGGCCGGGCCGGAGCAGCCGCCGGGCUCGGGGGAGCCGGCGGCCCCGGCGGAGGAGGGGCCGGAGGGAGGCAGCGGCCGCCGCCGCCCCCCCCGGCGGCACGUGUACUGCACCGUCUACUGCGUGGAGAACGACCGGCCGGCGGCGGCCCCCGGCUCCCCCCGCGGCGGCCCGGGCGUGGGGCAGCCCCCCGCGCGGCGCGGGGUGGUGUCGGGCGACGACCCGCUGUCGUCCGGCGGUAGCAUCGAGGUGGUGGACUUGUACCUGCUGCCCGAGCCCUUCUCCGGGCUGAUCGCGGGCGAGUUCGGGCCGCUGCUGGUGCUGAGCUGCCGCGUGUGCCUGGAGGAGAAGCCCAUCAAGCCCCUGUCCUGCUGCAAGAAGGCGGUGUGCGAGGAGUGCCUCCGGCGGUACCUCAGCUCCCAGGUGCAGCUGGGACAAGCGGAUAUAAAAUGCCCCAUCACAGAGUGCAGCGAACACCUGGAUGAAACAACUGUGCUCUAUAACCUGCCCCAUGACGACAUCAUCAAGUAUAAAUACUUCCUGGAACUCAGCCGCAUUGACUCCAGCACCAAGCCAUGCCCUCAGUGCAAGCACUUUACAACCUUCCGGAGGAGAGGCCACAUUCCUACCCCUGCCAAAUUGGAGAACAAAUACAAAAUCCAGUGUCCAUCUUGCCAAUUUGUCUGGUGUUUCAAGUGCCACUCUCCCUGGCAUGAAGGCGUUAACUGCAAAGAAUACAAGAAAGGAGACAAGCUGUUACGUCACUGGGCCAACGAAAUCGAACACGGGCAGAGGAAUGCCCAGAAGUGUCCAAAAUGCAAGAUCCACAUCCAGAGAACUGAAGGGUGUGACCACAUGACCUGCUCACAGUGUAACACUAAUUUCUGUUACCGUUGUGGGGAGAGAUACCGCCAGCUGCGCUUCUUUGGAGACCACACGUCAAACCUCAGUAUCUUUGGAUGCAAAUACCGCUACCUCCCCGAGAGACCACAUCUGAGGAGAUUAGUGCGAGGCUCUGUCUGUGCUGGAAAACUACUCAUUACACCCCUAAUAUUGGUUCUGGGACUGGCACUGGGAGCCGUAGCUGUUGUAAUAGGUUUAUUUGUGUUUCCUAUCUAUUGCCUUUGUAAAAAGCAGAGGAAAAGGUCACGGACAGGUAUGCCCUGGUGAGGACGGACGUUACUGCCUGAACUGAGCUGGUCCUGCAAGGGCUAUCCGAGUUUUGUGCAACAGAGCAAUACAGUGCUGGUUACAGCAUCAAAGCCACCGCCCUGGAAGAAGGAUGGGGGCUCUCCUGCCAUCUUCCCUCAGCUGAAAACACUACUGCAGACCAGAAAGCCUCUUUGCUCUGGUGCACUCUCAACAAGAUGGGCCCCCUGACUGCUGCUUUUUAAAUGUUUUUUGGUUUGGGGUUUUUUGUGGGGUUUUUUUUGUGGGUUUUUUUUUUUUUUUUUAGUUAUUACUUUGGAGGGUUUUUUUUGAGUCUAAGUUUCUGAACCAGACAAUCCAAGUCUGUAUUGUAGCCACAACUCUACUACCGAUUUGGCCUGUGAAGAAAGCAUUUAACUGCUAACAUGUGCUCGUUUAACUUCAGUGUCGGCCUUUAAGGUGGAAAUGCUUAGAAGUGUUUGGACUCUUACUGUGUACUGAGCAUACUACUUUUGGUAUUAAAAACUUCUUCUGUAAAUAACUUCCAUCACACAGCAUUCUGUUGAGCAUACCAAAACCCCAUCACAUGCCAGAGCACGACAGCUGGUUGUCUUCUGAGCCCUGCUCCUGCCAGUGGAGCACGCAUUGCCCCCGCCAAACUGCAGUGCCUCAGAGGGAAACACCCCUGGUACUGGAGCGCCGUGAUGCUUAAGAGUCUGGUGAUUGGUUUCACUUCAGUAAUUUAUUUAUGACAGUCUGUUAAUAUUAAUGGCAGAGGGUGUGACAAGAUUUCUUACAACAGGACUUCAUUUUUAAAUUCUCACAGUGCAGAAAAAAUCUGAAGGGUUUAGAUAAUAAGAUGUGUCAGUGGCCUAAUCUGUCCCAAGAUAUCCCUGAAAUGUGUCUUCAGGGAAGCUGGAGACCUGCUCUUUUUAUUCUGACUUGGAAUAUGAUAUACAUGCUAGACACUACCUGUGUGAGGAUUGACUUGAUGAAAUUUUAUAGCCUAAAUAGCACAUUUUGUUUGUUUGUUCCCUUGAGUAGGCUACUACUACAUAAGUCUUGGAGUAUCCGCUGAUGUCUUAGGAGGAAAAUCUGUGAAUCCAGGGUAAGGGAAGCGAUCAUAAAUUCUUAGGAGACCACUUGAUUCUUACUGCUUCCAGUGUUUCUCUGGAACAUGACAGUUCUGAAGAGAACAGCUAUCUUUGCUCUUUUUUCCUUAAGUUCUACUGUUUGCUACCAAACCACUUUCUCAGUGCAUCACAACAAAAGCAGUUUAAUUCAGCAUAAGGAGUCAAUUACUGAGAAUCUUUACACUUUUAAUUUUGAUCCAAAUCUAUCAUACAAAUAUAACUUAAAAAGCUAGAAUAAAUUUGUUCAGACAGAACAUUGAAACAAUAAAGAAAGGAACUGAAUAAAAAGAAAUCUACUUCAUACUGUAAAAAUACAAGCUACUCUUAAAGAAAAGAAGAUUGGAUUUGUACUGUGAAGGUACUUCUUUUCAGUUUGUGUGUCUGAAGAUACACACAUUUAUAUAUCUUUGUUUGUGUAUAUAUGGGGAAAGGGGAAGCAGGAAGAUGGGAAAUGUCCUUAAGAGUCUACUGACUUCAAAAUUUAGGCUUGCAAAAAGAUAUCAUUUGAGAGGAUAUACUCUGUACCACUUUCUUUGAAAAUGGUUGUUAAAUCUGAAUCCAGUUGUAAUUUUUAAGCAAAUGGUGUUCUGCCCCACCAACAUAAUACUGUUACAAGAUACUUUGACUUUGACGCCUCAGUGGAAGAAGCUGAUAACUUUUGUUUACCUGGAAACACAAAUAUCAGUUUACCAUAGUUGGCUAGUAUGCUUGUUUUCUGUCAGCUUCUAGUUUUGUUUUCUUGUGUGUUUUUUUUUUUUUUUCUUUAAGCACACCAUAGUAGUGAAUACCUAUUUAAUAAUUUCCAUUUGAAUUUAAGGGCAGGUUUACCCUGUUAUAAUAACAGUAGAAAUAGUACCUUUCGAAGAUUUGCAAAUUAAGAAGGGAAGCAAUGAUGUUUAGAAAUAAAAUUCAAAGCCUAUUAUCAAUGCAAAUUCACCUGUUAUUUAGACUUUCUUCUGAGACACAUCAGUUUUCUAUUUGUGUUCUGUCUGAAGCUGGAAGCUGCCUUAAAAUUGGUCUUGGUUUUGAGUGUGUUUUCUGAGGCUAUACAUAUCAGUUGUCUUUGGCUUACUCAGGGAUUUUUAUUCCUCUCUUUAAAUGUCAAAUAAUGAAGAUAUUUUUGUAUUAUUUAGAAAAACCUUCAGACCUCAGAGAGUGAGAUAUAUAUAGAUAGAUUUGGGUUUGCAAUGCAGUCUAUAACUUGGUGUCAAACUAUUCCACUUGAGAAUAUUUUAGUACUUAAGAUUAUCUGUACUUAACUACACAGUGGAUUAAUUUCCUUUCUUUUCCUGUUUCUGUGUAAAUGUGAGAGAUAUUCUUACAGUCUUUGUAGCUGUUUUCACUCUGCCAUGUUUGCCUUUUUCAGUUUUUAACUAGAGUUCAGUAAGAUCUGAAACUAAGAGAAUAAAGAACAUAAAAGGGAAGAUAAUAGAUCUGCACUUACUUCUAUUCAGAAAGUAUGUCCAUGUGGAUGGAGAAAAGGAACAUAAAACUCAGGUCCUAUAUUAUCAUUUCAUCUAGGCCAUUUUGAUUUUAUCAGAACAGAAUAAAUCAAAGGGAAAUGGUUCUUAAUUUUCUAUACAGAGCAGAAAGAGACAUCUUUGACCUUGUAAAGAUGAGUGAGUCUGAUUGUGCUUUUCCUGCAAAGAAAAAAAAGGAAUUGCAAUAAUUUUUGCAGUUAAUAAUUUUGCAGUUGCAAGGAAUUAAGAUAAUUUUUGUAGAACAGGAUAAAUGUUCAAGAACCUGGAAGAAUAGGGGUAUGGAAGUCUUCUUCCAUCUGUAUAAAAAUACUCCCACUUGAAAAGUACAUAAAUAUAAUUUUUAUCAAUGUUAUAUAAUAUAACCUACUAAAGCAUGAGAAGUAGCUCAGUACAAAGCUUGAUUUGGUUAAACAUUAGCUUUUAAGCAACUCAUCACAGCAAACCUUGUAUGCAUCGAAGCCAUGUCAUUUGUUUUAAAAACAUUAAUUUAUUCUUUUGAAAGUAACUGAAUGAACUUUAUAAGGAAAUUAUGUAAGUGUAUUGGUUUUUUGUAACUACUCUAGAGAAACCAUCAGCCUGUUCUGCUCCAUGUUUAUUAGCAGAAAACUUCAUCAGGCAGCUAUAUUAUCCUGCUGAGGCAGAUCCCACACUACUGUAUGCUGAUCAUCAUGGUCAUUGUGUUUGCUUUGGCUACAGUUCAUAUUUAAGAUUAUUUAUCUUUGUUGCUCAUCAGUGCCUGUGUUCAGACUAGGAAAUGCUUAAAUCCAUUCUACACUAGCCUUCUGUUCCAAGCUUGCUGGGGCUGGCUUUGCCUGUGCACUCAGUUCUGCGUGCGGGUGCGCAGUCAGAGCCGGGGCUCUCCCCAUCCUGUGCCAUGGCUGGGUGUUCCCCAUCUUGCUCCUGCUGGCAGGGCUGGCUGGCCACCUCUCCCAGGAGCUGCUCUCCCUUUCUCCACUAUGCAGAAUUUCGUUGAAUUUCAGUAGUGGGGUCAAGUCCCACGGCAUCUCAGAGCAUACUUAGGUAUAUGUAGAGAGUUUACACAGGAGCUUGUGACUAGAAAAAAAAGUGUGCUUUUCCUUUCCUAUUAGCCAAUGAGAGUAAUAAGCUGAGUAGGAAUACAGGCAAGAAGCAGAAAAACAAUUCUGAGUAGCUUUGUGCUGAGCUGACCCAUCAGGCUUAGUUCUGUACAAAAAAGUCAGUGAGUCUUCAUUUCUCACCACCUCCGUAAUAAACAGUAUAUUCCUACCUGUUCAGUGUCAUUAAAGUACAGUGCACUUUGAGUGAUCUAUUAUCUUCCUUUGAGGCAGUGCAUAUGCAUAAGGGAAGAUUUUGUGUUUGGUUUUGAUGCUCCUAAUGCUGACUUGGUAAUUCUUCCUGGUGUGUUAAGGGUUUUUGUAAUUUACACCUAUUUAUUCAUUACAAAAGUUUUACUUUAUUAAAAAUAUUAAUUUGCAGGGACUACUGCCAGUUUUAACUAGAAGGCAUUUUGGAUCACUGUCAGGUAUUCUUUUUAGCCAAGAGGCGUUUUGCUCUUCCAAAGACUGUCACAGUUUGUGUGAUGUUAAAUGGUAUGUAGGUGGGGCAGUAAUUCUCCCAGAGGAUAUAAAUUCACCAGUGAUGGAAUGGUUUCUUAUGCCAGUUAGGUUUGAGAAACUGUUUAAUAUUCAGUGGCCAAACAGAUUGCCUUGCAAAUUAUUGGUUGGAUUGUUGGUUUUUUGGGAUUUUUUAAAUUCAGUUAUGUUAUUUUGUUUCUUGAGCAAACCUUACAUCAUAAUUUUUGGUAUGCUGAUUGUGCAGGUUCAAGUUGUGGGUAAGAACCACAGAUUGCUGUUACUGUUAUAAUCUAUAUUAGAUCUCUGCUGAUGAAAAGAAUCCUACAUAAGGAGACUAUUAGAUAAUUUCUUACUUUCUUUUCAUUUUUAUGCCUUAUAGUUGCAGUGAGUCAGCUUCAUUCCUGACAUCAGUCACAGCCCCAUUAAACCAGAGAAAACUAUUUUUGUGCCAGUGUGGAAUUUGGUCACAAAUACUUUUAUAAAAACAUCUAGAAGCAUGUUAGUAGCCAUGGAAAACCUGGUUCACUUCUUAAGAAGUGUUAACUACUAUGGAGCCACUCCUCUCAUUGCAGAAUGAUGCCAGUGUGUUGAGUAAGCACAGGAGAGGGAAGGAGUUGGGAAGAAUUUCCAAACAACAUUCUCAUUAGAGCAGAUUGUCAGGAGAGGAAUUUAAUUUAUUUCUUUAUUAUUUAAUAGAAUAAAGAAAUUUUAAUGCUUUGAAUCACUAAAAACGUUAGAAACAGUACCCAAAGACAGUGUUAAGUAACAUUUCUUCAAAUUCUGCUUUCUUCAAUGUAACAAAUAGCAGCACACUGUAAGAGAUGGAAUUGCAGCUGUUCGGUAUUUUUAGGACUUAACACACAAACUUGAGGGUGCACAACAUCUGAAAAGUUAUGUUGCUGAUCUAUUUGGUAGUUUAUCUUGCUACUGUUACAUGAAAAACCAGCUGAGCCUUGAUUCAAUUGAAAGACAGUGUUCUCACUGUUGUUACAGCUUGAGUACUUAAUACUCCAAAACAUAUUUGUAAUAAAACUAACAAAUGUAGUUGCUUGCAGACUGAAGCUUCCUUGCUAAUUGUUCCUUACCUUUCUGUGCAUAAGAGUUCAGGAGCCAUAUGUUCUCUCUGCAGUAAGGAACAAGCUGCACAUAUUAGACAAUUAAUCAUUGAUGCUUCUCUUCUCUUGGCCUAAUAGUGAAAUGCCAUAAGGUUGGGAAAUGAAAACUGAUCUUAGAGUGCAUGCUCUGAUUUCACAGGUAAAAAUGUGUAAUAAGUUUUAAUUACUCCAUAGCAAGAAAUAAAUACAUACAUUUUGAAACAUAAUUCCAGCUGUUAAUUUAUAAAUCUGUCGGUAUAACACAAUAGUUAUAACAGUGAUGCAUUUAUUAAAAUAUGCAUAUUGUGCAAAAGAAAGCCUUUUUUGGUGCUUAUUUGGCUUAUCAAAACAUGAAAAAUUAAUCUGAAGUGUUUGGAUAGAUUAAAGGCAGAAGAGAAGCCUAUUGUGUAAAAAUAUUUGUUUAGCAUUAAUGUGAACUUUGCACAUACCUUAAACACAAUUGCAUGCCAACCCCUUUCAGUGUUCACCUUGUUGAAAAUUUAUCAGACUGAAAACAGUAUUUUUGAAAUUUUUAACUUACUGUCACAGAGCAUGAUGUUACUAACACAAUGCCACAUUUACCUCAGUUUUAGAAGGAAAUAUAUUUACAGAAUUCAGAGAAGCUGUUCAGGUAUUUUGAACCCGUUCUGUAAAACUAUGAUGCAGUCAGAAGACAUCUUCAUGCCUUAUGCCAGCUCUAGGUGAGCAGAUGGCUUCAGUCUCUAGUCAUGGACUAUGUUUUUGCAUAAAAAAUGCACUCUUAAUAGUUUUUCAUAUCAAUUUGCAUCCUGCUGAUUUGUGUCCUGAAAUUGCAAGGACAGGGAUAGAUUUACAUUUCACCAUUUACCAUCUCGUAAUAAAUUGUUUACCAUGUUUCCAUUCUUACACACUUUGUUUCUAUGCACUCCUUCUCAUUCUAAAUCUCAUCAUUUGAAGCUGACUCGUGAAAAUGGCUGAUGAUCAAAUUGCACCUGUAAAAUGUGAUCUCAUGAGAAGUUGCUGCAUUAAUGCUUUGCUGAGAUAUAAGCAAAAUAUUAAUUUUGUUGUAUUUACAUUACUUAAAAGCAAGAUGCUGAAAUCCGUUUUUCUUCAGGCUUUUAAUUUUGAAUUUUUUAGAAGUUCCUUAAACAGCAUAGUCAUCUUUGUUACAUAAUUAACCAUAUGAGUACAAAAUAACAUUUUGGGGUAUUUGUUAAUUCUUGUUGCUAUGGUAGAGAUGACAAUAGUGUUGAAAAAAUGAAAAAAUACCUCUGAGGAGUACAAGCUGAAUUUAAUUCCAUGACAGUUCAAUGAGAAGUCUUCCCUUGCCCCCAUCUCUUGUUUUGUGUAUUUUAGCGUGAAGGAUUCCCUUUAAAAUAGGUUUAAUUUGAAUGGCAAGGAGUGAGGGUAGUGAGAUAAUAGAUCACACUGGUUUUAGUGUACAGGCUUCUGGCACAACUAGGGUGCUGGCCAAACACUGUGGAUUCAUUAAGAAAGCAAUUUCUAGUUCUGCAUUUGGGCAGCAUACAAGCUAGAUGUAUCAGUGAUGGGAACUUUUUGUAGUAUAUUUAUGGGAUGACUAAGAACUUGUAAAAACUGGAGUAAGGCAAUGCCCAUGAAAGCAAUGCUUGAAUUCCAGUAUUUAGUGUUUUGUAUAAUGAGGGAUUUUAAAUGUGUAAGUGCCUUAUUGCGUGAAACAAAUGAAAGGUGUUCAUGCCCCUCAGCAGAGCAAUGUGGGAAUUCCUGUUCUGUGGACUCCUACAGUUACAUUAACCCAAAGUAAUGAGUUUGGUUUGCUGAGAAAGUUGACAAAUGUUAUAUUAGGGAAGAAGUUAGCCUAUCAUAAAAGUAAUCUGGCAUGCUUAUGUUGAUUCCGAUGAUCUCAUUUCUGUGGUUUUUUUUUAACUUGCUCUUUGCCCCCAUCCCUCCCAUCUUCCUUCAGACUUCUGCAGAAAUGCAUCUUAAGUUGUUAAGAGUAAGCCUGGCUCCUCCAACAUGAGAAGCCCUGAGUUUUCAACCACUGAAAGAGAUGCAGCCUGUUGGAGAGGAGAACUGAGCACAGCCUGUUGUGGCUGCGCCUGCCGGCUCACAGGCUCACUGGUGCCUUGUUCACCCUGAUUGUUGGAGGUGGAAGCACCAAGGCACAUGGAGGUGCACUGCAGCUAGGCUGGGACUUAAAGUGGGUUGAGAGCAUUUCAGUGUUCUCCAGCUGGAGCUGUCCUGUUAAUACAAGUUGGUAACUCCUGUGGAGUGGGAAUCUAGGUGGACGAAACCAUCGAUCAAGAUGGUGGUGCAGCUCUGGGAGCUCUGCCCAGCCCUUCACUGCAGGGUGGGAGGUGUGAUCUGGAAAAGUAUUACUCAUUUUGCCAUCUUCUGAUAGCUUCAAAAUGGGUGUUGUGGGGUUUAUUUCUUCUUGUUUCAUUUUCAAGAAGACAGUGAAAUUUUACCCUUUAGAUUCUAAACUUACUAAAGGACCUGUUUGUUCUUACUAACAUUGAUGCCACUGUUGUCCAUCUGUUACUGAGGUCAGGAAUAAGCUACUUUUCUAAAACUACCUUGAAUUUCAUGAGCUUAUGGAAGCAAUUAUCUGCCAAAAAAAUUGAAGUAUAAAAGGUAAUUAUCAGGAGGAGAUUGAGUUAAUGGGGAGUAAGAAGAAAAAUUAAGCUUAGAAGGUCUUAUUUUUUAUAGAUUCAUGAUCACAAGAUGGUUUUAAUAUGUUCAAUUUCCUCCACUGAGAAUUUGUGAAAAAAAGCAGGAGAAAUUAAGAUGAGUAUUCCUUUGAACCUUUUCUUUUCCUGAAACUCUUGAGUUUUUCAGAACUGUAGGAGGGGCUUUUUUUUCCACCCUGGACUUAUUAAUUGGUCAUAUAGCUGUGACAUACUGUGAACACUACUGUGACUGUUUAGUCAGGAUUCACCUUGCAUUUCUAAAGGUUUUGCUGAUAGGGAAUUUGAUUUAGAGCCAUACUGCAAUAAAAUUAUAAGUGAAUUAUUACAUAUCUUAAUGACUUCCAUUUCAGCAUUAGCUCAGAAUUUUAAAAUUUGAUUCUUCUAUAAUCUAUUAAAUAGAAGAUGCCAUAUGUCAAAAUACUCCUUCAACCUUAUGAGUUUGUUUAUUUUUACUAGUUAUUUCCUUAUAUGAUUUUUUUUCUCUCCUAGAACCAGCAUUCACACAACCAAAAUGCUGAUACGAUUUCCCCAUUAUCUUUGUCUUGCAUUUAGCCAAAACUAUGUUUUCUGUUGCCAAGUAUUGCAACAAUGGUCUUCAUGCUGUAAUAACUUGAUAAAAUAUUCAGUAGUCUUGGGCAAUAUUUUACAAAUAAUUCAUCUUCAAGUUGGUAUUUUAAAUGUAUACCAAUAAUCACUGUUGAGUGUGCUACCUAUGUGGCUGCUUCAGUUCAUGUCAAUGUUUUGUAAGGAUUAUUUCUUGCUACCCUCUUCAGAGUGCCUUUUCAUUUAGGAGGUCAAGAAAGAUGGUUCAUUGAAGUCUUUUGUUGAAUCUACCAUAGUAAUGUCUGAUCUGUAAACUUGUCCUGAUGAAUGUAUAACUAAAAUCUUGUUCUUUAAAAAGCUAUAGUAGACACAGGUUGUAUAUGCACAUGUACAUGCAUGGAUACAAGGGAAGAUAUUCUGCCAAUGUUUGUCCUGCUGGACAGGACCUUUCGAAAGUAAGUGAAUUUUUUAACAGUUUUAUUUUCAAAAUGUUACCUCACUAGUAUUCAGUAGUAGAUAUGUCUCUGUAUUGCUUCACUUUGCUAAAUACAAUCACGGUAGGCAGUUUAAUUUUUAAAAGACUCUGCGAUGAAUCUGGUGUUCGUAUGAGACUGAAUUUCGUAAGACAAAACUUACGGUACUUUAUUUCCUUUAAAGGCAUUCCUUUCACUUACACUGACAUCCCAAGCCCCUGUUAGCAACAGACUGAAAAAGUGCUUCCCCAUGAUGAAAUGGAAGAAUGUCAAGUAGCAUUUGAAUGCACUCCACCCAUCUUAGAAUCAAUAUUCAGAAAUGGGGGUGGGGGGCAGUGGAUUUGAUUAAUUGUGGGGAGCCAUACAUUGUAGAGUUCAUUCACUUGCACACAAGGGGUUUUACAAUGUCAUCUAGUAAUGUCUACCUAAUAAAGUUUUGAAAAAGAAAA